AAAAAAUAAAAAUUUUUAAAUUUUUUUUUUAAAAAAUCAUCAUCAUCACCAGGCUCACCAGCGGCUCAGGAGCCAUGGCCGCCAUGUUUUUGCUUCACUUGCACUCCCGCGUCUCCGUCUCUAGAUUUGGCAUUGCCCAAUCGCCGACGCGCUCUCUUCUCACCAGGGCGAGCCUCCCAUUCCCACCGGAGAAGGCGCAGUUCCACGGAGAGCUUGAAGCCGCCGUCGAUGUCGUGGAGCGCGCCUGCCGGCUCUGUGUUGAUGUCAAGAAAUCCCUCCUAUCGAGCAAAGGUCGGAUCUUUGAGAAGAACGACCAGACUCCAGUCACCAUUGCGGAUUUUGGAGUGCAGGCUCUGAUCAGCUUGGAGUUGGGCAGGUUGUUUCCUUCUAUCCCUUUGGUGGCUGAAGAGGACUCCGCCUUCUUGAGGUCGAGCACUGCGGAUUCAGAAAAGGAUGGAGAUACUUCCCUUGCGGACUUGGUGCUGAGUGCUGUGCUUGAGAAGGCAAGCGAUGGGUACAAAUCUUUAACAAUGGAUAAUGUCCUGAAAGCCAUUGAUAGGGGAGGAAAGGAUGCGUUCUCUUUUGAUUCCAAGCCUGCUACGUAUUGGGUUCUUGAUCCCAUUGAUGGAACUCGAGGUUUUCUAAAAGGAAUUGAAGCAUUAUAUGUGGUGGGUUUGGCCCUUGUGGUAGAAGGAAAGAUCAUACUAGGUGUAAUGGGCUGCCCAAAUUGGAAAGAGGAUUCUUUGUCUCCUAAAUCUUCUGAUAAUGAAACUGGUAUAUCUGGAUCUGGGGUGGUUAUGGUUGCACAUGUAGGUUGUGGAACAUGGACUAGAAGGUUAUUUCAAGAUGUAAUGAGCAACCUAAUGAUAUGUCAGGAUGGAUGGAAGAGAUGCUUCGUUGAUGGAUGCAAGUUGGUGCAUGAGGCACGAUUUUGUAUCCCUGAGAGUCAAACCUGGGAUUCACUGCCAUUUUCUGUUUCGUUCAGCUCAACUACUGAUGCUCAAAGUGUCACAGACGAAGGAAAGGUUUUGGUUUUGCCGACUUGUUGUGGCAGUCUUUGCAAGUACCUCAUGGUUGCUACUGGUAGAGCUUCUGUUUUUAUUGUUCGUGCGAAGAUUAAAACAGUGAUAAAGGUUUGGGAUCAUGCUGUUGGUGUGAUCUGUGUUCAUGAAGCAGGGGGGCAGGUUACUGACUGGAGUGGGAGCCCUCUGAAUCUUUCUGUGGACAAAGCAGAGCGGAGAAUCCUGUACCCAUCAGGUGGUGUUCUUGUGUCCAAUGGCAGACUAAACGAGCAAUUAUUGAAAAUAAUCUCUUCCAAUUCAUCAGUAUUAUGAAGUGUAAUCUUGUUGUAUAUAUCUGAAUUCACAGUUUCAAUUAUUCAUUGAUUCGACACAAGCACACAAUGUUUACCAACAGCAUUUGAGUAACAAAUGCAGAUUCAUUUUGUAAAACAAAAUUCAAAACAGCAAGUGGAAAUAUUAUACAAGUUAAUUUUCCUUGUG